AUGUUCAGGCGGCGGGACCGGAGCCAGUACCUUCUGCCGGUGGUGGUGGCGGACAGUGGAAGCCCGGCUCUGUCCAGUACCAGCACCUUGACCAUCAGCGUCUGCAGCUGUCAGCCUGCGGGUCACUGUCCCAGCAGCGGAGUGGAGGCUCUGGCCCUGUCCAUGGGCCUCAGUCUACAGACUCUACUGGGUCUGCUGGUCAGUCUGAUCACCAUCGCAGUGCUGUCAGUGCUGCUGCUAAUCCUGAGGAGGCACCACCGCAAGCAGCACGAGGCCGAGGUGAAGGAGCUGGACCUGCCCGAGACCGUCUCCCAGAAAGUCCUGUACUACGGCGACGCCACCAAAGCCAACUUCUGCACUCCGGCCGUCGUCCCGCUGCGCCGACACCCGAAGAGACGCGACCGGAGGCUGCGGCGCGAGGAGGUGCGAGCUAGCAUACGCCUGUCGAUGAGGCAGUCGCGUCUGAUCGGGCCGGAGGACGAGGCGUUUCGACAGUUCAUCGCGGAUCGGUUGGAGGAGGCCGAGGGAGAUCCGCACGCACCGCCGUACGAUCGGCUCGUGAUGUACGCGUUCGAAGGGACCGGAUCGCCGACGGGGUCUUUGAGCUCGCUGGACUCGCUGGACUCUUUUGAGGUGGGAGCAGAGGAAGGGCAGCCCAAACCUGUGCAGAGAACCAGCCAGGUGCGACUGACGCCUUGGUACGGAGGAGCCGAGGAGGACACGGUCUUUUGA